AUGGCAGAGAUCAAUGGAUUUUUGCUUCAACAAAACCAUAUUCUACAAUACACCGUUCUUGAUUCCAAAUCACUGCUCCUCUCCCAGUUUUCUGAUUCUAACCAACCGCAGUUCCUGCAACUCACAACGGAGAGCCCCGUCAUGGAGAGAGGCCCCAGAUAUAAGGAAUACUCGGAUCUCAGAGAAAAAAGGCUAAGAAAGGGUGGCGUGAUGGAGCCGAAUAUUCCUAGAAAAGAAGAACCAGUUCUGACCCCGCCAAAGAAGCAGGUGAAAUUCCAGGGAAAGUCGAAUUUCACUACACCACCAAGGACAAAAGGGUCUUCUAUUUUGACUCAAUCUGUGCCCGAUUUUUCGUCUGCUUUGCGGAAGGAGAACCGGAAACCGGCAUCGAUGCUUCCUCCGGUGGCGGAGAAGUCGUUGACACCUCCACCGUGGCCAAAGAGUGGGAGGCUUUAUGGGAAAUUGGGAGGAGGGAGUAAGUCGGUGAAUUCCGGUGAGAAGAGGAGUGGUGGAAUUAUGACUAGGAAGAGCCAUGCGAGUAUGGAGGAAUUGAAGGGGUUGGGUGCUGCUGCUAAUAAUAUUAUCGAUGAAGGAAACAGGGGAGGGAGAAUUGGUAGGACUCUUUUUGGGCAUAGACAGUUUUGA